AUCAACCCGCAUGAAACAGUUGGCCUAUUCAUUGAAAGAUUUUAAUUUUGAAUGCAUUGGCACCGCACAGACAGACGAUGAGCUGGUCAUUUGUGAGAGUUUAAAACAUUUUGGUGAUAUAAUUAGUAUGAUAGAAGAUGAAAGAGAGAAAAUGUUAACCUUAGCCGAUGAACAUAUCAUAGAACCUUUAGAAGAUUUUCGCAAGAAACAAAUUGGUGGCGUUAAGGAGAAUAAGAAAAAAUUCGACAAAAAAACGGAAAAAUUUUGUCAAUCACAAGAACGUUUCCUAAAUAUGUCGACAAAAAAGCCAGAAAACACAAUACAAGAGGCCGAUGCCAGUUUAGGCAUGCACGAACGUGAAUAUGUCCAGGAGUCAUUAAGUUAUGUACUGCGUAUACAAGAGGUACAAGAACGCAUUAAAUUUGAAUUUGUUGAAAUCUUAUUGGCCUUUAUAUCGAGCUGGUUAGUGUUUUAUCAUACGGCCCACGAACAGGCUGAGGAUAAUAAGGAUUAUUUACAGGACUUAAGGCAUAAAGUGCAAAAGACUCGUGAAAAUUUUGAAGGUACCCGAGAGAAAGUCACUGAACUUAAAUUGAAAUAUAUGGAAAAGCGAACAAAGCCAGAAGAAAAGUACACCAAACGUGGCUAUUUGUUUUUGAUGGAAAAAAAACCCUUUAAGGCAACAUGGACAAAAUACUAUUGCACAUACAAGAAACAGAAAAAGGAGUUUACAAUGCUCCAGUUCAAUCAAAUGAAUCACAGUUUCACUAGACCCGAACAGCGCGAAGAAGAGAAACUGACUUUAGUAUCGUGCCAAAGACGCGCUUCUGAGUUUGAGAAGAGAUUUUGUUUCGAUUUGACAUUCAAAGAGAAACCGGGUAUUGUUUAUACAUUUCAGGCCUUAAGUGAAGAGGAUCGUAGAGCGUGGAUUAACGCCAUGGAUGGUACAGAGCCGACCUAUUUGGCCCCCGGUAAGGUUAAGGCGGGUGAGGAAUAUCAAUUGGAUGAGACCGGUUUUGCUUUUGUGCGCAAAUGUAUUGAGACUUUGGAAAAUCGUGGUCUAGAAGAUGAGGGCAUUUAUCGUAAAAGUGGUGUGGGCACCAAAAUAUCGAAACUUUUAGCUUUGGGCAUGGAUCGCAAAAAGGCUGAAAGUGUUUUCAACGAGGAACAAUAUAGGGAUCUCAUGGAGAGCAAUACUAUAGCCAGUGCUCUUAAAACAUAUUUGCGUAAUCUAAAUGAACCGCUAAUGACUUAUCGCUAUCACAGUGGUUUUAUAGAGGCAGCCAAACAAGAAAAUCUAAAUCAACGUGUUCAUGAAGUUCAUAAGUUGGUUUAUAAAUUGCCUCAAUCAAAUUUCGAAAUGCUUGACAUGGUCAUCAGACAUUUGACCGAAGUCUCUCGUAAAUUCGAGAAAAACAAAAUGUCUGUCUUCAAUUUGGGUGUGGUAUUUGGUCCCACUCUCUUGAGGCCUCAAGAGGAAACAGUAGCUGCCAUAUUGGAUAUUAAGUUUAACAAUAUUGUUAUUAAUAUUCUUAUCGAAAACUAUGAACGCAUCUUCAAGAAUGAUCCCAGUGCGGUGGGCGCUCACAUCCAGUCGAAUUCGAGCAGUCCUCCGGUAAGGGUACCACGUGCCAGUCAAGCCAAUAAAUCACUGUCAGCGGGCGGUGGUGGUGGUUCGGUGGGUCGCAAUUCCAUGUAUUCUCCACAACAAGUCUACCGUGUAGUGACAAAAUCUAAUUUUACCGAUUCUCCCAUGUCUUCGAGUUUACAGAACAUUCCUAAUGGCAUGAUUUAUGGUACGAGCGGCGGGGGUGGAAGUGGUGGCGGGAGCAGCGGUGGCAACUCUGGGGUUAUCACUUCAAAUGGUACUAAUGGUGGUCUGCUGGCUGCCCAUGCCACAAAUGGUGGCAGUGGUCCCAAAAGUCUGGGUAUGAGUGUAAAUAUGGGCAGUGUUAAGAAUUUGCAUUCAAUGUCGCAGAGCGACAUCAGUAUGCGCCGCAAUAAUGCCAACGAGGCCGUCUAUGGCAUUUUAACCGCCAACACCAAUGGUGGCCUAACGGCUCAUCAUGCUACACCGGCUAAUGCCACCAAUUUAAGGCAUGAUUAUCUAAUGGCCACAGCCACACCGGCCUCUACGUCCAUUUACAGUACGAAUACCUCCGGCAAUCGCAUUAGUUUAAAUAAUGUCUCACCACCCACAUUGGCCAUGCGCAAGGAAGCCCUAUAUGGUACUGGAAGUGGGCCCCAGCAACAUCCACCAGUCCAGCUGCAGCGCAGCAAUCAUCUGCCAUAUGCCUCUAAUAAACAUUAUCCCUCGGGUGCUGCUGCCUCAACAUCUAGUUCCAACGAAAGCGUUUGUGAUUCUCUGUCAUCGACGAAUGGUGGGGGCGGAGGAGGCGGUAGCGGUCGUUUAUUAUCCGCCCGCGGUUCUAUUGAUUAUGUGCCACAUUCCUCACAAGCUACAUCGUUGUCCACACUGUUGGGUUCUCAGGUGGAUGAUGUGGUUACCGCAACGGCUGCUCCUUCUAUGAUAGUGGGCAGUACGGGUAGUUCACCAAAUGAGUAUGGUACGACACCGCAAAAGGUGCAUCGCAAUAAAGAUGUUACGCAUAAAAGGGAUUUAGAAGCUGGCACAGCGCGAGUACGUACUCUUUACGCUUGUUUGGGCGAGAGCGAAGGUGAACUAUCAUUUGAACCAAAUCAAAUUAUAACAAAUGUUGGUUUUUCACAUGAACCUGGCUGGUUGCAAGGCACAUUAAAUGGUAAAACAGGACUUAUACCAGAAAACUAUGUUGAACACUUAAAACCAUACCAUUAGUCAUGUAAGUCUAAUCAUCAAUUAUCUUUAUACAUACUACAUAUAUUUUAUAUAUUUAAUUAUAUAUAAAAAAUAAUAAUAAAAAAAUUAAACAUUAAAAACAUAA